GAAUACAUGUUCAUAAACAAAUUGUUAAACUACUCCUUUUAUUUAAAACUCUGUGUCAAAAAAAGGCAUAUUCGAUCAGGUGAUCACAGCUGUUUCACACACAUAGGAAAACAGCUGAUUCUUUGGUUUGCUUGUAGGCUUAUAAUUAUGUAUUAUGUAUUAUGUAGAUUUAUACAAUGAUCUAUGCUAAAUAUUAGACGCUCUCUGCUGCCUCUCAACGUGAAAAACUUUCAGUGAAAAUAAUUACAUUCGCCUUGAUUAUAAUCUUUAGAUCGGCUAUAUAUAAAUACCUAUAUAUCUUACCUAAUCAAUUCUUGGCGAUAUUUUGAGAAAAGUGUAUAGCAAACGAUAAUUAUUACGUUUUUGCCAUUAAAAAGUUGUGAAAUUGUAUCAAAUGGCUUGUUUAGCGCCAAGAAUUAAACUUAGCAAUGGUCAGGAGAUUCCGGCGAUCGGUCUCGGCACUUGGCGAUCGUAUGAAUCAGAUGCAGAGCGUUCAGUGAAAGAUGCCAUAGAUUUAGGUUACAGACAUAUCGACACAGCAUUCGUAUAUGAAAAUGAAAAGGAAGUUGGACGUGCUAUCAAUUCAAAAAUUGCUGAAGGUGUCGUUAAUCGUGAAGACGUAUUUGUUGUCACAAAAUUGGGUGGCAUUCAUCACGAUCCACAAUUGGUGGAGCAAGCUUGCCGCAACAGUCUAUCCAAUCUAGGAUUAAGCUACAUCGAUUUAUAUCUGAUACACUUUCCUGUAGGUCAAAUUCACAAAGGGGACGAUAUUGUACACGGGACAUUAGAGCUAUCCGAUGUAGAUUACUUGGAUACUUGGCGAGCUAUGGAGAAGUUAGUGGAUUUGGGCUUGGUGAAAGGCAUUGGACUUUCUAACUUUAAUAAGCAACAAACAGAGCGCAUAUUACAAGAUUGUCGCAUACGACCUUUAGUCAACCAGGUAGAGUGCCACCCAGGCUUUAAUCAAAAAAAGCUAAUUGAAUUUUCAAAGCAACGUGAUAUUGUUAUCACAGCAUAUUGCCCUUUAGCCCGCCCAAAGUCAGAUCAACUGUGGCCACCAUUUCUUUACGAUAGUACUGCAAAGGAUCUAUCAAAAAAGUAUGGAAAGACACCAGCACAAAUAUGUUUACGAUAUCUAGUACAAUUGGGCACUAUACCGAUUCCAAAAUCGGUUACUAAAAGUCGCAUAGCGGAAAAUUUUGCAAUUUUCGAUUUUAAAUUAAGCGACGAUGAUAUGAAAAUAAUUGAUGGCUACAACACCGGUCAGCGGUUGAUACCUUUUUCUGGUAUGAGCCACCACAAAUAUUUUCCAUUCAAUUUCGACGCCGAGUAGCGGUUUACAUAUAGUUUAUGUACAUACGUUUUUGUGUAAUUUUAUCCUAUGUAUGUUUUUAAAUAAAUGUGUACUUAUAUAUUACCCAGA